AUGUCAUUGCCUUCACCUCACUUGACAAGUAUGGAUUAUAUCUUCGCCGACUAUGACAUGUCACUGACCUAUUUCAUUUUGAAUGGGCUUCAAUUAAACAGAGAAUAUUACUCUUGUCCAGAUGACGUCGCAUUGAGACCUCAAGCAGUUUCCAGAAAGUUGUGGGGAACUUACUUCUUUUUUAGUGGCUUCGCUAUUUUGGUUCUCUACCUCAUAUGUUUCAUAGCGAUCGCUACAAAUGACCUCAUGAAAACUCCAGCAUACAAAACAAUGUUUAUACUUGGUAUCUACGACAUGUCUUCGACAUGUGUGCAUUCGAUAGCUACUGGUGUCUUUGGUUACUUUGGUAUCACUUUUUGUGAUUGCCCCCGACUCCAUUUCGUACUCGGAAGUGUGGGCCUCGGCUCCUGGAUGGGAUGUUGUAUCACCAGCAUGACACUGGCAGUUAUUCGAAUAACCGAUGUGUGUACGACUUUGAAAAUACGCAAGGUUUUCGAUGGACACCGAAUUUACAUUUUCAUAGUGAUGUUCUGGGUUUACGGCCUGUACGCUAUGUUUUUGUCAAAACCAGUUACAUUUUCCCCUGCACACAUGUCUUGGUUUUUUGAUCCGGGAGUAGGGAAUGAUCCAAACCUAUAUAUCAAUAUGGCACACACCAUUAACAAUGGAAUCAUGGCUUUUGCCACUGUAAUUUUUUACGGGUACUUGGCUUAUUUAGCACUAACGAAACCUGGAACAAGUGGGAACUUUAAACUGUCAAAAUUUCAAAUCAAUAUCCUUCUCCAAGUAUUCUUCUUCUGCAUUUUCCAUUUCAUUGGUUCGAUUCUCUACGUUUACAUGCAAUUCGUGUCAGCUCCGGAUUGUUUGAUAUUGCUCAGCCAGCUAUGCUGGCAAUUUGGAACCGGGUCCGUUUGUAUGGUCUACUUAACUUUGAACCGAUCGAUCCGGAAGGCUGUGGCCAUGAUGAUACUUCCUAAAAUAUUGACAAAAGUUGAUCCUGGUCCAACUCUCAUUGUUAUGGAUAGUAGAGUGCUUGAAGUUUCUCAAGUUAUUAAUUGA